AUGUCAACUGCUACUUCCGUUCCAAGCCGAAUAGUGCCUAAAGUACCUGAUCCAUGCACCCCACCUGCACGUGAACCUGAACCUUCAACUGCUGCUCCCUGUGCUUCACCGGCUCCCACACCAGCACCCACCCAAAUAGUACCAAAGGUCCCAGAACCAUGCAUCACCCCAGCACCCAAACCUGAACCUUCAACUGCGGCUCCCUGUGUUACACCGGCUCCAAAACCUGCACCCACCCAAAUAGUACAGAAGGUUCCAGAACCAUGCAUCACCCCAGCACAUAAACUAGAACCUUCAACUGCUGCUCCCUGUGUUACUCCGGCCCCCACACCAGCACCCACCCAAAUAGUACCAAAGAUCCCAGAACCAUGCAUCACCCCAGCACCCAAACCUGAACCUUCAACUGCGGUUCCCUGUGUUACACCGGCUCCGACGACUGCACCCACCCAAAUUGUACCAAAAGUACCAGAACCUUGUACCAGCCCCUCACGUAAACCAGAACCUUCGACUUCAGCACCUUGUGUUACACCUGCUCCUACUCCUGCACCGACCCAAACAGUACCAAAAGUGCCUAAACCUUGUGUCAAAUCUACACCAAAACCAGAACCCUCGACAUCUGCCCCCUGUGUUAUACCCGCCUCUACCCCCGCCCCUACACCAGCUCCUACCCCUGCACCGACCCAAGUAGUACCAAAAACGCCUGAACCGUGUGAUACGUCAGCACCGAAUCAGGAAAUAAAGGUAACGCCAGCACCGGCUGUCAUAUCACAGACACAAGCACCGACCAAUGCUCCUUCUGCCCCGACCAACUGUCAAAACGGUGAAAUCUAUCCUUCAAGCAGCGGCAGCUGUGAUCAGUUCCUUAUGUGCUACAACAGAGUGCUGGUCUUGAUGAUCUGUCCUCCCGGCCUAGCAUUCAACUAUAAUACGAAGAGCUGUGAUUGGUCAGCAAACGUACCGGCGUGUAGUGCUGGAGCAUAC